AUGGCUCCGGCGAGGAAGAAGCGGCCAAGCGGAUCGGAGAAGCGGUCAAGAAAGGAAGGGGUGGAACCUCGCCGACGACGGGAAAAGCAACGGAGCGAGAGACGUGAAGAGCGAGCGAAGGAGAAAGCGGUGAAGCUCGAGGGCGACCAAGUACCUCUCAGCCUCUCCGGUAAGUGGGAGAGAUGCUCUUUGGUACACAAGGUCUUGUAUCUUGUCUACAUCCUCCCCUACCUGACGGUGAACGUCGGCUUCGCCCUACUCUUCGCCAUCCCCUGGAAGUUGUCGAGGUCGAUGCGCCCGUCCAAGCCCUACAUGCCAGGUGGAGGAGCCUCGAUCCCAUGGGCUACCAAGAAAUCACGGACCCCAUGGGCUGACCUGUUCGCGCCGGUGGGAUACGGAGUCCACCACCACCAGAGGCGGCCGGAACAAAGGCGUAUCACAUGGGUCCACGGGUGGCUGAUUCGGGUUUUCGACAUGGGAACUAUGCUGCAAAGCAUGUUUGGCGCCUUGCAUUGGCGAAACUGGCUCCCCUUCGGUAUCCUCGCCAAAGUGGACACGGAGCCUCGUACCGAUGAGGAGAUGGACACCUUCAGUGCCCAGUGGAGGAAAACAAGCCCCCUCCACCGGAUCCUGUAUCUAUUCUACAUGCCGCCCUUCCUCCUCCUCUCCGCAUAUCUUGCUGCCGUCUUUUUCCUCCCAUGGACCUUUAUCAAGUCCACCCGCCCAUCAAUCAACUCCGGGUGGAGGAAAGAUUGGAAAAAAGGAGAAAAGUACAAGUAUUCGCAUAAACCGGAUGACUCGGAUGUGCGCUGCGUGCUGGCGCCGUACGGCUUCGGGACGUACCAUCGACUACGAAAAGCUAGUCGGGACAAGGGGCAUGAAGACUGGAAGGGGAUUUCGCGGACCAAGGGAUUUUGCGUCAGGGUGUUCCACAUGUACUGUCUCCUGGCGGACUGCUGGAGGAUGUUUGAGCGGCAGGGACUGCAGGUAGUGGGUGUCUUCUGCGGAAGCACCCUCGCUCUGAUGCAGAUGAUCAGGAUGGGGAUGGAAUUGAGGGGAGGACCGCUCCAAAAGUACAUCGAGGCCAAAGCGACAGGCGGCGGCGUCGAAUUUCUGCGUGCUCAGCCGAACUGCGCGUAUGUUCCUGGGACGGGUUUCGCAAACUGGGGUGGCGGGUGGGAGCCGUUUGCCUGGUACAUCUUGUAUCAUGGCUGGGUCUUACUCCUUUGCUUGUUGCUCAUUGCCGAUGAAGUCUUGAAUGUGCGGAUGGGUCUGUUCGCCCCGCAGUGGACUCGAGGCGGUACAGGGUACACCAUCAUGUUUCUCGCUCUGUGCAUUCUCAACAGCUCGCCAAAUUGGGGGUGGAAAGUUAUGAUCCCGGCGCACCAUGUCCUCCUCCUCGUCAUCCUCUCUUUGGGCGCUUACAACGUCAUCCGCCUCGUCCUCUCCGCCCUCGACUGUACGCCCGACCGUACCAUCCGGCGCUCCAACAGGCGAAACGGUAGAUUCCCUCUCCGUCCCUGGACCGAGGAGCAGUGGCAAUCCGCCUGGCGACGCGGUAAUUUCGGACAGAACCAGGACAAGAUACACACGAUUCGGACGGCGACGACCGAGGCGGAAAAAGCCGCCGCUGAAGAGGCACAAAGAGGCUUGGACAGGCUCUAUCCCAUCGAGAGGUUCCAGGCGCAUAUUGGAGACCAUGUGCACGAGUCGACGGAUAAGGACAAGCUGGAGGAUGAGAUGCGGGAUGCGGGAGUAGUGCAGGAUCCAGGCAAGCAGCAGGUUGGCCGGGUCGACAAGAAGGUGGUGCCAGAUAGGGAGACGAUGGUUCGGGCGAGAGGAAAGAUGAGCCGAAAAUUGAUCCAUUGGUUCCCACUCACUCCGCCACCCCAGACAUCCGAGGACCUCUACGCUCUCGCACGCGGCGAGGACUCGUGCUACCUUACCGACGAGCACCAUCUUGACCGAUUCUUGAUAUACCUGAAUGCUCCGACCGGCAGGAUGGCCGAGCCCUUCUCCGGAAUGAUCGCUGGGAAGCCUUGCUGGCUUUACGCGGACCAGGAAGACAUCUACGAGCCCACUCCAAAGCAGUACGAUCAUCCGAACCCGCCGCCCAAACAUUUCCGGUGGGAGACAAAGGAAGAGUUUGCGCUGCGGCAGAAGCGAAACAAGAAGGAGGCGGACAGUUAUUAUGGAAACCAUUACUGGAGCGUGUCGGGCAAGUACGCCAAGAAGAAGAAGUGGAGAUUGUGGCAUAGGUGGUUUGAUAUCCGGAGGGCAAUCAGCGUGGUCGUGGGCUUUUGGAUGUUGAUUGUGCAUAUCCUCUUGCUUGUCAAUAAUUUAGGAACGGGGAGCAACAAUUGGCCCUCGUAUAACGCGCAGUACAAGGAUGCCGCGAUCAAGUGGAGACAGAGCCGUGGUCCCCUGGCUGAAGAUUGCCAGUACUAUCAAGGUAGCGCGCUACCGAUUUGGAUCAGGCCAGGCGAGGGGUCAAUCCAAGGCGUAUUCUCAGCCAUGUUCUUCUUUGCCAUGUGGGAGUUCUUCAUCAUCCACCUCUGCCUCGGCGUCAUCUUUGUAGCGCUAUCCAACAACCGAACGUACGGCAUGCACUUCACCUGGCCAAUCACGCUCAUCGGCCCAAGGACUAGCUCUGUCAGUAUAGGCAUGACUCUGGGCUUCGUCGGCGCCGCAACACUGCAGAUGGGCCUGUUCCUCUACGAACCGGUCCAUACUCAUCACGUAGCUGGUCUCGCGGUUUCGCUCAGGGGGCGGGAUACUGCUGUCUAG